AUGGCGAUGAUGAAAGUCACGCUCUUGGGACUCUUGGGGCUUUCUGCGCAGCUGGCCAUGUCUGAGAAUGCGACGGCGAGCUCGAACACCAGUGCGGCCACCGUCUUGAGUGAAGGCAGCCUCAAGGUCCGCAGCCUGCCGAGCGUGGUGACGAUCCUUCACCUCAGUGACACGCACAGCCUGCACCGGUCCACUGGGAACCUGCCAGAUGCAGUGACCCGGCAGGACAUCUUCAUUCACUCUGGGGAUGUGGCCAAAGUGGGAAAUGAUGGCGAGUUGGGGGAUUUCAAUCACUGGCUGGGCACCAUCAAGCACAAGUACAAGCACAUGUUCAUCAUUGCAGGAAACCAUGACUAUUGGGACACCAACUGGCGCCUGAAUCGUGGUUGGGUCAGUGAAGCAGAGGCCUCCAACCCCAACUACUUUCAAAGCAAGAUCACCAAUGCCAAAGUUCUGAAUCACGAGAUGGCCGAGGUCAUGGGCCUGAAGAUUUGGGGCGCCGGCUGGCAUGCCCGCCGCGGCGACAGCCGCUCCGGCAACAACUACGGCGACCUCCCAGCAGGCAUUGACAUUUUGGUGACGCACGAUGCGCCCUUCGGGAUUUUCGACAUGACGGGUGGUGGGCACUGGGGCUCCACCCACGCACUCUUGGACGCCAUCUACCGUGCCAAGCCGAAGGUGCAUCUCUUUGGUCACAUUCAUGAGCAGCGUGGCCACUGGGACAGGAGUGGCGCCAGCUUCACCGGCGGCGUGGAGUACCGUCCCAGCCCUCACACAGGACAGGUCUUCCGGCCCAACGGGCCCCCAGCGCAGAACUACCCCGUCGAGGUGGAGUCCAACAACGCCAUGGCCAACCAGCCAGCCGUGGACCACAGCUGGACGGGCAUUUGGGCUCCUCAGCACAUCGUCGGGCGACCGCGGCUCAUCACGGCCAAGCGGGAAGGUGAGGCCUGGCAUUUCACCUCUUCCGUGCCAUGA